AUGUUGCUCAUCUUAUUAUCACUCAUUGCCUUGACGACUGCAUUCACAUUAGAACCUCAUCAUUUACAGCAACUUCCACCAUGGCAACCGCUUUCAAACAACUCGGCUCACACUAUAUUGGUCUCAAAAGAAUGGCAGUCAUUGGAUCCUGAACUCAUAUCCUUGACCUCUAAACUCAACAUCGAUAUUCAUCAUUCGCAUGGCGUCGCUAUCCUCAAAAUCGUACCUCAUAUCAAUAACAUCGCUGUUCAUGGUGCGGAUAGAAUACUCACUCUUGAUUAUAACCAGAAUAAAUGGAUGCGUGGUGUUGUUCAUGGUGGAAGUCUUGCUUCAAAUCAUUUGUUCUUGCAUGAAGAGUCGAGUUUACUCGACCAUCUUGUUUACACCGAUUAUCAUGCUGCAAAGUUACCUCGUUCUACUGCUGAUACUCUGGAAAUUCCUUUUGUUACUCCAUUUCAUAGUAUUGUUUCUCAAAAACUCGCUGACACAAACCCAGUCUGCAUCAAACCUUUACAUUCAACCAAUCUUCCUAUCGGAUUCACUCUAACCGCCCAUAAUGCUCUUCGCAUAUCUCGCAAAAACAAUGCUCACCAAUCAGUACAUGCUCACAAUGAUCUACCUCAUUUGGAUCUUAUAGCUAAACCAUUGUAUUUAUCUUCGCCUGGCUCAAAACUUCGUCCCGUAUGGCGUAUCGCUGAUCCAACUCAUUUAUCAAGCAAUCGUCAUAUACAGUUCAUUGACGCUCAAUCUGGCAGUAUUGUCGCAACAAUCCCAAAAGUACACCAUGCUCAUAAAGGCUAUGUGUUUUCAGAAAUUGGUAUGCCACAGUUUGGAUCAAGACCUCCCUUGACUGCUUUGGAAAAUGUCUUUGAUCCAAACAUUGUCAGAAACAGCAUAUUCGGCAAUAAUGGUGGUCAUGGAAUUGUAGGUCGUGAUGUUCGAAGCUCAAACGCCUGCUUUGCUUAUACAUGUACAAACGGCGCAGUAAAUGGCUCAUGCAAUGAAUCUCAAUCUAUUUGCAUUGAUUUCAGUUCUUACAGUAAAGAUAUGGUUCUGGGAAAAGACUAUUUUAUUGCCACUUCUUAUUUUUCUACAGAAGGUGCUUUUAUCGACUUGGACCGCGAUUGGGUUGCUGACGGUUAUAUCAAUGGCACUAUUUAUAUGGCUUGGUAUAAUGCUCCUGUAUUUGCUUCAAAACUCGUCGCUCCUGUCUUUGUUGAUCAAAACGGUGACUAUAUUUGGGGAUCUGAUAUCAACUUUGCAUCGCUCACUGGUCGAGAACGCACAGAUUCUUUUUCAGAAUUACAGGCAUAUCACUUUCUUUCAACACAUGCUGAAUUUAUGCGGAAUCUUAUCAAUGAUACAUCAUUAUGCUUGAUUGGUACGGGUGCCAAUUGUGCUUUUCAAGAUCCGCUUAAUAAUCGCACUGCUACUGCAUUCGACUCUCCAAUGCGAUUUGUAACUAAUCUGCAGUCUCUUAAAACUUGGCCAGAUGCUGGCUCUCCUUAUCCUAAUAUAUUUGCUCAAUUGAAACAAGGACUUGGAAAAAGUCUAGAUAACCCAAUUGUUUUUUACGAGCAUAGUGAUUACGGUGAUGCCUACUUUAGCAGUUUUGGUUUUCAACCACCAACCAAUGGCACCGAAUGGAGAGAUUGUAGCUUUGGUAAAUGCGUAUCGAUCCAAGACUCGUAUUUGGAUUACAUUGCAUUUGGUCAAACUUCGGUUAGUGACUGGGCAUUGGAUGACUGCAUUGCUUUCCAUGAGCUGACUCAUGCAUUUGUGCACAAGUACAUUCCUGAUUUACCUUGGGUUGUCUGGACAUCGUCCGGACUCAAAACCGAUCCAGGUGCUAUGAACGAGGCAUGGGCUGAUUACUUUAGUGCCAUUCAUUGUGGUAUUAGCAAUUUUAAAAAAUCGUAUACUCAUCAUCCAAUCAGGGAUUUAGAUAAUUCGCUCACCUGUGCUGAUACCGUGGGCGAAGUUCAUUUCGAUGGCAUGAUUUUCAGCGGGGCAUUGUGGGAAGUUCGACAGGCCAUUAAAACUAUUCCAACUCUCGUUGAUAGUGAUUAUGGUCUUUAUGAUCGUAUCGUACUGCACGCCAUGAUGCAUGGCCAUACAACAGAUCUUUUUGAAACUCAAUUGAAUUCAAUUCUGAUGAUGAUUCAACAGCAUCCACGUCUUAACGUUCUUGAAGACAUUGCGACUAAAGUUUUUACGCACAGAGUCUUUGAUUGUACUCGUGUUUCACCCAUGACGGAACAAUCUACAACAGCCUUUUUUCUGCCCACUGCACUCACUACAGAAGCCAAUAUAUCUACACUUCCCACUCAAUUGAUGUUCAACCCUCGACCUGGCGAUUGGGGACUUUUCAUGUCCUGGGAUCAAUGGUACGAAUCUCCUAUUCUUGGGCCACUUACUAUUGGAUAUGGCCGUACAUGCAUCAAAGCUUUGGUAUCAUUUGAAUGUCCCAUUUUUCUCAAUGGAUCAGAUGUCAGUUCGAUUGUUCCAUAUUCAUCGUGUGGGUCCAACUCUGCCAACACCACUUUAUCAUGGACUUGUUCAGAAUAUGACGUGACUACAUUUACUGGGAGUCUAUAUAUUCCUUUUCCUUUUGGACAUACACCUUCUACAGUGUAUGUAUGGUAUGCGCAUCAAGUUCCCGCAACUAUGGUCAUGUACUCAUCCAAGAUCACGUUUUAUGGUUUUAAUCGAAUAUGGAGAAUUGUGUUUUUGUCUGUGGCUACCGCUGGGGUGCUUUCCUUUUUGUUGAUGAUCACGAUCAUAUUUAUAACAUGGCUAGUCUUGUUGAUUUGCAGUAUAUUUUCAUCUCGCACAGAUACCGCAUCGCCGUCAAGUGCAGAGCAUACUGAUCAAAAUAAUGCCGAAACCAAUAGAUGCUGUCGUUGUGGUCCACGCGCACUUGGUAUACUUUAUAUGGGCACAUCUGCUUUUUUCCAAUGUGGUGUAUUGGUUCUGACAUCCAUUGCACUUGUAUUUGGAGUUUAUCGAGACUCUUUUACAUAUGGGACUAUUGGUAUUUUUGUCAUCGUUGGCCUAGUUGAUAUGUUUGCAGGUCUGAUGAUUGACCAAUCACAUCUUGCUCAGCAUGCAUUACAAGGCUCGUAUCUAUCAAAGUAUGCAGAUAAGAUUCCAACACUUCCAGCAGCAAUUCUACGAAAAUCACAAAGAUUGACAGCCCUUCCUCCACUUCAGCAAAUUUUAACAAGUGUAGGAUUGAUGUUUGUAGUAGUAACACUAUGUGUGUUUCCCAUCAUGGUUGCACAAUCUACACCCAUUGCAGUCCAUGUGAUUGGAUUGAUUGUAUUUUGUAUUCUAGCGAUAGCGCGAUUUGGAUGUUGCCUGUUGUUUACAAUUGGAUUAUGGCGCAGUGGUGUGAAUAGAUUGAACACAUGA